CGCAGACGCCUCCAUCUACAACGUUAUCUGCACUGGCUGUUUCGACUCCUGCAUCUUGGCGCCCCGUCCACUUCUUCCGCGGCGUUUGAAUGGCUCAGAGGUGAACACUCGACAAACGAUGCGAUGACUGCCGUAUUUGUUUCUUCCCAUCAUUCCAUUACACGGCAGCCAGGGUCGAGUAAUGACUUAGGUCCGUUCUUGAAUGUUGUCACUUGGAUUCUACUCAUCACUUCCGCGUUGGCGGUUGUGACUAGACUCAUCACGAAGCGCGCGUUGAGGCGGCGAAUUGAUGUUGACGAUGCAUUUGUUCUUUUAGCUUUGAUUACCAGCAUUGGGUCAGGGGCAUCUGUUAGCAUUCAAGUCGCGAAUGGCUUGGGUCGCGACUUCUCGACAUUGGAUGAAAAGGAUAUUGAAGCCUAUAUGAAGGCUGAAUAUGCCAACAAGAUAUUAUAUAUCGCAACUUUGGCUCUGGCAAAGCUAUCAAUCAUAUCUUUGCUUAUGAUCCUCACCGCAUCAGACAGACACCGCCAUCUGGGUCUUGGGCUGACCGGCUUUAUUGCGCUGUGGGGUGUCGCAUCAGUGAUUGCUACGUCAUUCCAGUGCGGCAGCGCAUAUCCAUGGCGUACAGCCGACGCAGAACGCGACUGUAUUGACUUCAUUGCCUUCUGGCAAGGCAUGGGCGUCAUCAACAUGUUGACCGACCUGGCGCUGAUUCUAUUCCCCGUCCAUGUCAUCGUUACACUCCAGAUGAGCAUGGCUAAGAAAGUCACCAUACUUACCUUCUUUGGAGCGCGAUCAUUAGACAUCGUUGCGACCACUGUCCAGAUGGCUUAUAUCGGCGGAUUCUCCUCUGCCAACCCAACCCGAGAUCUCUGGAAGUGGACACUCGUCACCCAGAUUAUUGAGUGUAUUACCAUUCUCACAUCCUGCGUCCCCUAUCUCCGGCCACUUCUCGAGUCCAUUCCCUCCGGCCUCUACGGUUCUGAUGAGAUACGUCGCCGCGGCACACCGUCUGAGCUAGGUUAUUCGCGCAGAAAGGAUGGAUCGUACCAAUUGAGCAGUACAGAUUCGAAGACUGGUGGUACGAGCCCGCCGAGCCGACCACAGAGCAGGAAGAGUCGCACCGAGAGUAGUAUGAAACGGUUCUUGCCUAUGCUUUCGCAGGAUAGGACUACCCACUCGAACUCGGCUUCUGGUGUGCCAGGCGGUCCGCGUCGACUUGAUGGACGGAUAGAUGUCGAGAUUACAGCCAUGAGAAACAAAUCUGAGAAAGACAAAAAGUGGGAAACGGACAGUAUAGGCAGCAAUUCCAAGAUCUUGAAGACCACUGUCGUAAGUGCUGAAUGGGAAGAGGCGCAACGACAAAGCCAAGAGGCUUUGGUGGAUGAGAUCAAAGUCCUGCGAUAAAGUCAAUCUCGUCCGUCCGGCAAUUCAUCAGCUUCUCAUUGUUCUGUUACGCUUUCUGUCUCUUCAUGUGUGCUUUUUCCAUGACAUGCAUAUCCAGGCACCAGUCACGACGUCUAUCGCUGCGAGCCAUAAGUGAUCUUAAGAUCGUGGGAUCGGCUUGAGGUAUGGCAGUCCCGCGCCAAUGAGUCUGAUAUUGAAACCAUCGAUCCCACCUGGGUCGCCAUGUCUCGAAUGACUGGCCGCGGACACCGUGG